AUGGAAGAUGAGUUGGAACGCUUCCGGCUCAGCUGGAGGCAGUCGCUGCAACAUGCACCACGCUCAGGUCCUGCUUCUGAUCGACCAGCUAGAAAUACUGCAGCCAAGACGGCUGUUGACGAGGAAGCUGCAGCGCCCUCGCAAGUAAUUACUGAACCAGAGACAAGCAUUGAGCCUGUUGAGACACCUGUCGAACAACCAGAGCUCAGUGCACUAGAGCUCUAUGAAAAAGGAAUCGAAAGAGAAAGACAAGGAGCUCUCAAAGAUGCGCUCAAUUACUAUCGCAAAGCAUACAAACUUGACAGUGGCGUCGACGGGGUCUUUCGGGAUGCUUAUCGAGCUGGUCUGACGAUUGAUACCCCAGAUGUGGCGAAUGCUUCUCUGGAAGAGACUGGAUAUGCCAAGUUUGUGCAGACUCGGCCAGAUUACGACCACAAGACCAGCAGUACAGAAGGCAUGGAUGAAGUCCUGUCACUCAUGUCACGGAUGCGGAUGCCUAUCGAGACUGAAACAGAGCGGCUUUCAAUAUCAGAUUUACCUGAUGAGGUUCUCAAGAAUAUCAUCCACGUCUGCAUCAAUGAGGACUCCACAUCCUUCACAAGCAUCAGCUUGACUUGCCAAAAGUUUUGCCUCAUUGCCCAAGAACGGUCCAUAUGGAAGGACUUGUGCACAAUGACGUAUAUGGAACAGGCCUACGAUGACGCUGGGUUUGAGGUCGGAAAGUCGGCAGAAAAGUCUUGGCAAGAUAGGAUGGACAUGGAGGUGCAGGCGUACGGUGACGACUGGCAGCGGAUGUUCAUUGAGCGACCUCGAAUACGCUUUAGUGGUGUUUACAUUGCCACCUGCCACUAUACGCGUCCUGGCCAGCGUGAUGGCUCCAUCUACAACAUCGUCCAUCUUGUCACUUACUUUCGCUAUCUUCGCUUCUACCCUGAUGGGUGCUGCUUGUGCUUGUUGACACCAACUGAACCAGCAGAGGUUGUUCAUCAGGUUCACAAAGCAUCAAAGCUCAAAGGACUGCAACGAGGCCGCUGGCAAAUCAAUGCUGCUGGGGAGAUUGCUAUCGAGGCCAGCGGGCCUGCUUCCUACAGGCCGGCAGAACAAGCUUGCGUGGAGUCGCUUCUACGGCAUACACCCACAGUCUGGUGA